GCGAAACCUAUGACUUAACGAUUACAUCUGACACAGAGUCACUCUCACAAUGACUGCAACCUCAUAGAGCGGCGGUUCGCGAACUCCCGGGCACUCGUUCGAUGACGAAAAAUUUUCAUUGAGCACCUACGAUCGUCUCCAUUCUAAUUGUACACCAAGCACCGUUCGUUCGGCCCGUCGUAAAAGGGUGGAAAUCGAGCAAUCCGGUUUCUUGUUCGGCGAGCAAAAGGCGAGGUGGAAGCUCGGCUGGAAGUGGCACGUGUCGAUAGAAGGGAUCGUCGAAUCUACGGAAAGUGAGAUACGCGCGCCCGCGCGAGAUUGCACGAUCACGCUCGAUUAACGAUCGAGUCACAGGACAUCCGUAAAGUAUGAUUCACGUACGAUUUCUUAUCCGCGAGAUCAGCCGCUCGAGUUUGUUAUCGAGGGUGCAAUGUCGCGCAAAGUCGGUCGUGGCUUAUCCAAGCGAACAUAACGAAACAAAAGUGAACAACGAUGUGAACAUCGAAUUGCAAAACGCGCGUCCAGUCGAAGAGAUUCCCGGUCCGAAAGCGUUACCUUUGCUUGGCAAUUGGUUCAGAUUUCUGCCAUACAUAGGUGAAUACGGCAGAGUAUCUGUUAAAACUCAUUUGCGGAUGAUGCGUGAUAAAUAUGGCGAUAUUGUCAAAUUGGACAAACUAGCAAUUGGCCGGACGAUGAUCUUCCUAUUCACACCGGAGUUGUGUGAAAAAUUGUAUCGGUUAGAUGGCCAGCGGCCGUUGCGGAUUGCCAUGCACAGUUUACUUUACUAUCGUCAGAACAGAGAACACAUCUGGGAUGGAGAAUACGGUCUCGCAAUAAGCCAGGGCAAAAUGUGGCACGACUUUCGCUCGAAAGUCAAUCCGCAUAUGAUGCAACCGCGAACGGUCAAGGUGCACGUACCGCAGAUCAACGAGGUGGCCGUGGACUUCGUGAAGAGGAUGCGAACGCUACGGGAUCCCGAGACCCUGGAAUUGCCGAGCGACUUCAAGAACGAACUGCUAAAGUGGGCCUUAGAAGGAAUAUGCUCGAUCGCGAUGGAUUGCCGACUAGGGUGCUUGGAGCCUAAUCUCGCCCCGGAUUCGGAACCGCAAAUAAUGAUUAAUUGCGUGCAAGAGAUGUUCGAGCUCAUGUACCGCAUAGAGAUUCUGACGUCUCUGUGGAAGGUAUACAAUACGCCGAAUCUCAAGAAGUUCUUCCGUGUGAUGGAUACGCUUAAUGGAAUUGCGAAGAAACACAUCGAGCGGGCCAAGGCGAAGUUUGAUGCAAGGGAUAACAACACAAAUCAGUAUGAUCGUAGUAUAUUAGAGAAACUCUUGCGUAUCGAUAAGCAUACGGCAUACGUAAUGGCGCUCGAUAUGCUAACGGCUGGUGUUGAUACGACUGGUAAUACCGCCGGUAGUAUGUUGUAUUACAUCGCGAAUAAUCCAGAGAAGCAGGAAAAACUGCGUGAAGAAGUAAUGUCCCUGUUGCCGGACAAAACAUCGCCUGUCACGCAAGAAGUCUUGGAUCAGACGAAAUAUGCUAAAGCCUGCAUUAAGGAAUCUCUUCGAUUGUUUCCCAUCUCUAUAGGAACUCUUAGAACUAUGCAAACAGAGGUUUGCUUGGGAGGAUACAAAAUACCGGCAGGGGUAUGUGUCAUUUUUUUUACUUCAUUUUACUUUUUAUUUAAAGUUUAAAGAUAAAAAUU